GGGAUAGGUAAAACAAAGAUGCCUCAGGGAAUUGGGGGUUACUCGCAGGGGGAAGGCACGUGAGGUGAAGCGUAGGAGAAGAUCUCUGAUGAAAGGUUUCCUAAUUAAAUGUUUUAAAAUAAACAAGCAAAAAUCUUUGUGCCAAAGAUUCUGGGCAGUGAGAGCAAAAUUUGCUCGCUGAAGCUAGUUGAACGGUGGGACAUGGGGUAGGUGGUAUUAGCCAUAGAAAAGUUAUGUUCUGUGAAGAAUUCAUACAAGAGAAAGCAGAUAUGGGCCAAUUAGCGUAAUUUGAAAUUACCAACCUUGCUUUAGGUUGGAGCGCCCAUUUCAGGCACUUGACAGUACUUUUCAAAAACAAUGGGCACUGAGCAAACUUUCUGAGCCAGUCUCCAGGAGGGAGGACACGUGUCCCCUUCUCUUUGGGGGUUGCUGCAGCUGAGCAAACCAAGAAGCAGUUGAGAGAUCAUAUUAGAGCAAAUGAGGUGGUUAUGCCUGCAAAACAAAUCCCUGCCCACGACCAAGGAAAAAGAGCUUCACACGCUAUUCCUGGGUUGACAGCUGGUAUUUCUGAGCGUGCCAGAUCCAGUAGGCAACUCUAAAAUGGUAGGGCCCUUGGCAGCAGGGAGGUCAUGGCAGGGCAACUACCGCAGACAGCACCAGCGAGCGCCAGGUAUCUGUCCCUGCAAAUAUUGGUAACUCUGUGGCUGUCUGCCCCGCUCCCGGCCCAGUCUCGGUGCUUGUGGCUUGCGGUCCCGCGCUCGUGCGUGUUCGGGCCGCGGUCUCGCUGCAGCUCACAGGCAUCUUGCCGCCGCGGGGUCACUGGAAGGCACCGACGUCGCUGCUCUGCAAAGCCGGUGCCGCCGCCUCCAGCUUUUCACCCUUCUUUGCUUUCUGAAGCGGAGUCACUCGGUUAAUCUUUUAGGAUAACGAGUCGUAGUUUAUGUGGGACUUUGGAGAAACAUCGAGGUGGCAAAACUAAGACGAGUCCUGGGUCAACCCUGACGUAAACCCAAGGACGAGUAGGGAAGAUGAGGACAAAGAGAUCUUCCGAUGAUGCGGGGUGCUCAGAUGGGAGAGUGGGAGAGAAACAGGCUGGGAGGAAGGAGUUGGUGUCGCCCGGGUCACGCCAGGUCGGCCCCGAAGCGAAGCCACCUCUCCCUUAACUUGCUACCUCCUCACGUGUUCUUGGCAUGGCAGGGAUUAAUAUGCAAGAAAAAAAUUAGAUGCGGAACGGACAAAAUGUUCUCAGAACUUACCGGGGGGAGGGUAGUGAAAUGCAGAUUGUACUUUUUUUUCUUUUAGUUCAGAGACGAAUUUUAUUUCCGCCCCCUCCCCUACACAUUCCUGACCUCUCCCUCCCCCUUCCCUCUUUUUCCCUUCCUUCCUCCUCUUCCAAGUUCUGGGAUUUUUCAGCCUUGCUUGGUUUUGGCCAAAAGCACAAAAAAGGCGUUUUCGGAAGCGACUCGGCCGUGCACAAGGGCCAUUUGUUUGUUUUGGGACUCGGGGCAGGAAAUCUUGCCCGGCCUGAGUCACGGCGGCUCCUUCAAGGAAACGUCAGUGUUCGCCGGUCGCUCCCGCACGCUGCGCCCCGCCGCCGCCGCUACCCAUGGGGGAGAUGCAGGGCGCGCUGGCCCGGGCCCGGCUCGAGUCUCUGCUGAGGCCCCGCCACAAAAAGAGGGCCGAGGCGCAGAAAAGGAGCGAGUCCUUCCUGCUGAGCGGACUGGCUUUCAUGAAACAGAGGAGGAUGGGCCUGAACGACUUUAUUCAGAAGAUUGCUAACAACUCCUAUGCAUGCAAGCACCCAGAAGUUCAGUCCAUCUUGAAAAUCUCCCAGCCCCAGGAGCCUGAGCUUAUGAAUGCCAACCCUUCUCCUCCACCAAGUCCUUCUCAGCAAAUCAACCUUGGUCCAUCAUCCAACCCUCAUGCUAAACCAUCUGACUUUCACUUCUUGAAAGUGAUUGGGAAAGGCAGUUUUGGAAAGGUUCUUCUAGCAAGACACAAGGCAGAAGAAGUGUUCUAUGCAGUCAAAGUUUUACAGAAGAAAGCAAUCCUGAAAAAGAAGGAGGAGAAGCAUAUUAUGUCAGAGCGCAAUGUUUUAUUGAAGAAUGUGAAACACCCUUUCUUGGUGGGCCUUCACUUCUCUUUCCAGACUGCAGACAAAUUGUACUUUGUCCUAGACUACAUUAAUGGUGGAGAGUUGUUCUAUCAUCUCCAGAGGGAGCGCUGCUUCCUGGAACCACGGGCUCGUUUCUAUGCUGCUGAAAUAGCCAGUGCCUUGGGUUACCUGCACUCUCUGAACAUCGUCUAUAGAGACUUAAAACCUGAGAAUAUUCUGCUAGACUCCCAGGGACACAUUGUCCUUACCGACUUUGGACUGUGCAAGGAAAACAUUGAGCACAAUGGCACGACGUCUACCUUCUGUGGUACACCUGAGUAUUUGGCACCUGAGGUGCUCCAUAAGCAGCCUUAUGACCGGACCGUGGACUGGUGGUGCCUGGGGGCCGUCUUGUAUGAGAUGCUGUAUGGCCUGCCUCCUUUUUAUAGCCGAAACACAGCUGAGAUGUACGACAACAUUCUGAACAAGCCCCUCCAGUUGAAACCAAAUAUCACAAAUUCUGCAAGGCACCUCCUGGAAGGCCUCCUGCAGAAGGACAGGACAAAGCGGCUUGGUGCCAAGGAUGACUUUAUGGAGAUUAAGAGUCAUGUCUUCUUCUCCCUAAUUAACUGGGAUGAUCUCAUUAAUAAGAAGAUUACUCCUCCUUUUAACCCAAAUGUGAGUGGACCCAGCGACCUGCGGCACUUUGAUCCCGAGUUUACCGAAGAGCCAGUCCCCAACUCCAUUGGCAGGUCCCCUGACAGCAUCCUCAUCACAGCCAGCGUUAAGGAAGCUGCGGAGGCUUUCCUAGGCUUCUCCUACGCACCUCCCAUGGACUCCUUCCUCUGAACAGUCUUGGGGUUGCUUUUGAAGGAUUUUGUGUGUUUUAAAUGUUUUAGUUAGCCUUUUGGCGGAGCUGCCGGCUGACAGGACAUCUUUAAAAGAGAAUUUGCACAUCUCUGGAAGCUUAGCAAUCUUGCACACUGUUUGCUGGAAGCUUUUGGAAGAGCACAUCCUCAGUGAGCUCAUGACGUUUUCAUUUUCAUUCUUACUUCCAACGUGGUGCUAUCUGAAAUGAGCAUUAGAGUGCCGCCUUAGAUGCAGGAGUCUUGUCAGAAGGAAGGCAGUGUUCUAAGAAGGUUCUCCUGCAGGUUUAUCUAGGCUGUGACAACGAAUAUUAUGAAAUGUGCCUUUUCUGAAGAGAUCGUGUUAGCUCCAAAGCUUUUCCUAUUGCACAGUGUUUCAGUUCUUUACUUUUUCCUUGUGGACUUACUCUGUGAACAGUGGAAUGAGUGUGGUAUGCUUGAUCACAGACGAUGGAUUUUGUUAUAAGCAUCAAUGUGACACUUGCAGGACACUACAACGUGGGACAUUGUUUGUUUCUUCCAUAUUUGGAAGAUAAAUUUAUGUGUAGACUUUUUUUUUUUGUAAGAUACAGUUAAAACUAAAUUUAUUGAAAUGGUCUUGCAAUGACUUGUAUUCAGAUGCUUAAAGAAAGCAUUGCUGCUACAAAUAUUUCUAUUUUUAGAAAGGGUUUUUAUGGACCAAUGCCCCAGUUGUCAGUCAGAGCCGUUGGUGUUUUCAUUGUUUAAAAAUGUCACCUGUAAAAUGGGCAUUAUUUAUGUUUUUUUUUUUUUUUUGCAUUCCUGGUAAUUGUAUGUAUUGUAUAAAGAAAAUCUGUACAUUGGGUUAUAACACUAGUAUAUUUAAACUUAUAGGCUUAUUUGUAAUGUAAACCACCAUUUUAAUGUACUGUAAUUAACAUGGUUAUAAUAUGUACAAUCCUUCUCCCACCACACAGCUAUUUUUGUGUGUGAUAAACCAAUUUUGGUUUGCAAUAAAAUCUUCAAAAAUAUUUACA